AUGGAGGCUUUUGCAGAAUUAGCUUAUUCGGUUCAACCACUCUAUGAGGUUGUUAGACAAGCAAAGAAGAUUGAGUCAAAUAUUUUCGAAGCUUCUAAUUCAAAGGAAUUGAUUGAAGACAAAACCAAAAUUCAUUUAGAGCAAUUGGCCACAAAGUCUAUUCUUGAUUCGAUGGACAAACGAAUAAAGCAAAUUAAGGAGGAAACGGAAAUGAAAGGAAGAUCUAUAAAUAUUGAUAACAUCAAUUAUAUUAUCAAUAACGAAAACGAUGAAGAAGAUGUAAAAAGAAUUAAAGAAAUAUUACAAAUAGAAGAGCGACUACUUAAAGAAUCGUGGCAAAAAUAUAUUGAUGAACAAAUGGGUCGUUUACAUCAACAACGACAAAUGCAUUCUGAACGUUUAAGAUUAUCAAUACAAAAUAUGCAACUAAAUCAACAACAAAAUGGAUUGAAUCGGUUCGUAUCGGUUCAUAAAACUACUGAUGUUGUAAAAGGUCAAAAAAUAUUAACAAUAGAAGAACAAUUACUAAAAAGAAUUAUGGCUAAAAUUAUCAAUACAAAGUAUGAAACUUCAACAAUUUGUAGUGAAUCAACAAAAACAACAAAUUUGUCAUCUUCUGGAUCUAGUUAUUCUAUGGUUGGAGCUGAAGUUUGGGUUGGAUCAAAACCAUCAUUUAUACCUUCCAAAAUUGGAUUUGCUGUUCCCCUCCUCCACCUACAUCCUUUAUCGUCAGAAUUACAAUGA